GACACUCUUCAUCACUAUGAACCAGAAAAUCACCCAAAAAAACUAGCCGCCGCUAUUAGCAGUAGGUGCUUGAAUGCUUCACUAUCAUAAAGAAACUCUAUGUUAAAAAAAAAAGAAACUGGUCCGAUCCUUCAGCCCCUAUUAGCAGUAGGUACUUGAAUGCUUCACUAUCAACGUGUCCGUCGUGAACAGUUGAGUUCGGCGGGAAAUCUUCAUGGCCGGUCGCGUAGCGUGUCAUGCUAGGCAACUCUGUUACUGGAGCUGCCCACAUGUCUGCACGAUUCCAAACCAAAACUUCAGAGCGGUCUUCACGACGGCGAUCGGCCAAGGAUCGGAGUUCACAUAGUUGCAGAUAAUACACUCCACGUACGUAUCUGAUCAGGUCAGUCAAAAUGAGCCAAAUGCAGCAAGCGCGGGUAAAUGAUGGAGACGGGGAGCACGAGCCAAGAAAUGGAAGCUCGCGCCAGCCUCCCGCGGCCCUCGCCGCCGGUGCUACCGUGCGCGGUGCAGCUGCAGGUCACCGCGUUCUCCGCCGGCAUCGACGCCCUCAACCGCCGCGACGGCACCGUCAACCGCGGCGUCUACUCCGUCGCCGACCGCCUCCUCCGCGUGCGCGCGAAUCCCCGGCCGGACUCCUCCAGCGUCCGUUCCGCCGACUUCGUCGUCGACGCGUCCCGGGGUCUCUGGGCGCGCGUCUUCUCUCCUGCCGGAGCUGCCGCCUGGGCCCGGCCGUCGCUCCCGGUCGUCGUCUAUUUCCAUGGCGGCGGCUUCGCGCUGUUCUCCGCGGCCCAAUGCUACUUCGACCGCCUUUGCCGCCGACUCUGCCGCGGCAUCGGUGCCGUCGUGGUCUCCGUCGAGUACCGCCUCGCUCCCGAGCACCCCUACCCCGCCGCAUACGACGACGCCAUGGACACGCUCCUCUUCAUCGACGCCAACGGCGUCCCGGGCCUGGACGACGGCGUCUCCGUGGACCUCUCCAGCUGCUUCCUCGCUGGGGAGAGCGCCGGUGGCAACAUAAUCCACCACGUGGCCAACCGCUGGGCUGCAACCAGCACUACCUCCAAGUCCGUUCGCCUAGCCGGCCUACUGUCUGUGCAGCCAUACUUUGGUGGCGAGGAACGGACGGAGUCGGAGCUGCGGCUGGACGGCGUGGCGCCGAUCGUGAACCUCCGGCGGUCGGACUUCUGGUGGAAGGCGUUCCUCCCGGCGGGCGCAACCCGCGACCACCCGGCGGCGCACGUGACCGACGAGAACGCCGUGCUAGGGACGGCGUUCCCGCCGGCGUUGGUAGUCGUCAGCGGCUUCGACCCGCUGCAGGACUGGCAGCGGCGGUACACCGACGUGCUGCGGCGGAAGGGGAAGCAGGUGCAGGUGGUGGAGUUCCCGGAGGGCAUCCACGCGUUCUACCUCUUCCCGCAGCUCGCCGCCAGCGCCGAGGUCAUUGAGGACAUAAGGGCGUUCGUGGAGAGCAACAGGGCGUCGUCGUCGACGCCGGAAUCCUCCACGCGGUGAACAGAGGCGACCAAGUUGCAUUCUGCGAAGAGAACGAAAAUGUGUGGAGAUGUACGUCGAAAAUAUAUUUGCUCAAUGCGUGGAGCUGUCGAAAAUAUAUCAUCCACACGACCAAGGAAAUACAACAAAACUUACGCAGUUUAAUUGCACACAACUUAAAUUGUACUCCGAUCCGACCCGUACAUGAGGACUUGGGGCUCUUUGAUUUAUAGAAUUUAUGUAGAUUUUAUAGGAAAAUUUCGUAUACAAGUUGUUUGAUUCGUAGGAUAA